GGUGCUUUCCUGGAAUACAAUCUGUGUUUGACACUCUCUGUUUAAGCACUGCCCAUCUGUAUGUUAUUCAGCUGGAGCCUCUAGGGAAAAAGAGAAGCCACAGGCACAGAGAGCGAGCGAGCGAGGAAGCAAAAGCGCUUUUCUUUUUUUCUUUUUAAGCAGAAUCUGGUUAGACUGCCUUGUUGUGCCACAUCUGGAAACUGAAAGCUGAGAGAAAGUUAAAAUAACUGAGGCACCACUAAACCAAGGGGGGCUGAUUGCAGAAGAGGGUAAACAAUUACUAAAACGCUAGAAGACCACUGCUGGAUGUAAGGGGAGGAAAUGGCUUUGAUCCCAGCCUGGCCCCUCAUUUUUCCUAUAUUAUUUUCCUUGAGAUGCUUUUCUUCCAGUCCUGCCUCAAGUGAGAGCAGAGUUUUUCAUGUUGACAUUGAAGGUAGCUCAGCGGUCAGCAAUCAAGAAUCCACUGUUAUCAGAGGGCAGCAGCAGGCAGUAGCUCCUGGAAGUUGGGUGCCUUUUACUGAGAAAUGCCAAGAAGGAUUUUACCGUGCUACUUCAGGAGAAUGCUCCCCUUGUAACUGUAAUGGCAACACAAACAAGUGCCUUGAUGGAUCUGGAAUCUGUGUGGAUUGCCAGAGAAACACAACUGGAGAGCACUGUGAAAGAUGCCUGGAUGGUUACAUUGCUGAUGUCCUCAGAGGAGUGCCCACAUCCUGCCAGCCUUGCCCUUGCCCCUUGCCAUCAUUUGCCAAUUUUGCAGUUGCCUGUUACAGGAAAAGUGGAGUAGUGCGCUGUGUCUGUAAAGAAAACUAUGCAGGAUCCAACUGCGAAAGGUGUGCCCCAGGUUACUAUGGCAAUCCCUUGCUGAUUGGAAGCACUUGUAGAAAAUGUGACUGCAGUGGAAACUCAGAUCCUAACCUGAUCUUUGAGGAUUGUGAUGAGGUGACAGGCCAAUGCCGCAACUGCCUGCGUAAUACCACAGGGUUCAAGUGUGAACUAUGUGCUCCGGGUUAUUAUGGAGAUGCCAGAGUAGCUAAAAACUGUACAGAGUGCCAUUGUGAAGGAGGACCAUGCGACAGCCACACUGGAGAAUGUCUAGCAGAAAGCCCUGAAUCUCCUACAGGAAUGGACUGCCCAACCAUCGACUGUGAUAAAUGCAUUUGGGAUUUGACUGAUGACAUCCGAUUAUCAGAUAUGGCUAUUGAUGAAAGCAAAUCAACUUUGCUGAGCAUUUCCACUGGUGUUGCUGCUCACAGACGCUUAAAUGAACUGAACUCAACUGUUUCCCUCUUUGAGAUGAAACUGUCAGAAAAAGAAAACCAUUCUGAACUUAGGAAGAUCCAGAUGAAUAAUGCUGAGACUGAAAUGAACAAUCUCCUUGAAGACAUAGAGGCACUUGAUGUACAGAGAAAUCAAGCAUCAAGCAAAGACCUUCGGAUACAGAAGGAAACCAUGGCGACCAUUCACCGUGCUACACAGCUUGUGCAGCAACUCAGCAAUAUGAGGGAUAACAUCCAAGAAAUCAGCAGUAAGAUGAUAUACUAUAGAAUUCAACAUGAGCUGAGCCCUGAAGACAUCAUUCAAAAGCUGAACAUGGCAGAGGAGAUGCUGAGGGAAAUCAGAAGUCGCAAGCCUUUCACCAGUCAGAAGAAACUUGCUGAUGAUGAGGCUGAUGCAGCACAAAAGUUGCUAAGGCAAAUUGAAGAGUGGCAGGUGUUAUAUAAUGCCACCAGAUCUAUGUUCCCUACUGUACUGGACCAGAUCAAUGACCAUGACAUGAAGAUCUCAGACUUACAGGAGGCACUGGACCAGGCUCUUGACUAUGCCAGGCAAACUGAGGACAUAAAUGAAGAAAACAAAGCCAAGUUCCAAGACUACAAGGAGCAAGCUGAAAGAGUCAAGGAACAAACUGAUGAGGUCAACCGUACUCUGCAAAGUGCCACAGAUGCUUUGCAUGAGUCACGACAGAUCAGCUCAGAAUUACGUGAUAUGCAAAAAAAUGCAUCUGGAUUCUAUGCAGAAAUAGAUGGCGCUAAAAAGGAAUUACAAGAAAAAUUAGCCAAUCUGUCUCAAUUUGAUGACAAUUUGGUACAACGGGCUAUGGAUUAUGCACAGGAGCUUCAGGAACUUGCUAAUGAGUUGGACUGGAAUUUACACAACAUUGAUACAAAUGGGUUGGUACAAAGGGCAUUAAAUGCUUCUAAUGCCUAUGAAAAUAUUGCUAGUUAUAUCAGUGAAGCUGAUGAAAUUGCAUUACUGGCAUUAAACACUACACACCGGGUCAGUGAUGCUGUAGUUGGAAUUGACACUCAGAUCAUCUACCAUAAAGAUGAAAGCGAAAGGCUUCUCAGUCAAGUCAAGAAACUACAAGAAACAGCCAAUGCUAAUAAUGAUUUAACUGUUGCAGACACAGCCUGGCGUGUUAAUGAAACUCUAGCUAGGAAGAAUGAUCUGAAAAGCCGCCUGAUGAAAGCCAUUAAGCAAAUCCAAUCAACAGAGCAAGGAGAUGCUAGACAGCACUUGGACCAAUCUAAACUUAUGGCUGAUGAAGCAUCACAUACUGCCACAACAGUAACCGAAGCUACAAACCCAAUGGCUAAUAAUUUGAAGAAAUGGUCUCAGGAUCUUCAAAACUUUGAACAUGAUGCAGCUGCAUAUGACAGUGCUGUGAACUCAGCUGGGGAUGCAGUGAAGAAUCUAAUAGAAGUCUUCCCUCAGCUCCUGGAUAAACUACGGAGGGUAGAGCAAAAGUCACCAGCAAAUAAUAUUUCUUCCAGCAUUCAGCGGAUCAGAGAACUAAUUGCUCAAACUAGGAGCGUAGCAAGCAAGGUACAAGUGUCUAUGAAGUUUGAAGGCCAGUCAGCUGUGGAAGUCAAUCCAAAGACCAACGUAGAAGAACUCAAGGCUUUCACCUCCAUGAGCUUGUACGUGAAACUUCAGCAAAACCACCCACAGCUGGCAGUGUCUCCAGACAGAUUUGUCCUGUAUCUUGGAAACAAAAAUGCAAAAAAUUACAUGGGCCUUGCAAUUAAGAAUGACAACCUAGUAUAUAUUUAUAAUCUGGGAGAUAGAGAUGUGGAAAUACCACUGGAUUCCAAGCCAGUCAGCACUUGGCCUUCUUACUUCAGCAUCAUCAAAAUUGAGAGGAUUGGAAAACAUGGCAAAAUGUUUCUAACAGUGCCUAGCCCAAGCAGCACAGCUGAAGAAAAAUUCAUCAAAAAGGGAGAGGCUCUUGGUACAAAUUCUCUCCUGAAUUUGCAGCCUGAAAAUACUGUGUUCUAUGUUGGUGGGGUGCCUCCAGAUUUUAAGCUCCCUCCCAGUUUAAAUCUGCCUGGCUUCAUCGGCUGCUUGGAACUUGUCACCCUGAAUGAUGAUCUCAUCAGUUUAUACAAUUUCAAGCACAUCUACAACAUGAACACUGCCACAUCGCCACCUUGUGCCAGAAAUAAGCUCGCCUUCACCCAAAGCCGGGCGGUGAGCUAUUUCUUUGAUGGCUCUGGCUAUGCUUUGGUGAAAAACAUUGAGAGAAGAGGAAGAUUCAGUCAGGUGACUCGUUUUGACAUAGAAGUUCAAACACCAAUAGACAAUGGACUUAUUCUCCUGAUGGUUAAUCGGAGUAUGUUCUUCAGUCUGGAGAUGCGCAAUGGAUUCCUGUCUCUGCAAUAUAACUUUGGCUUCAGCAAUGGCUCUGUGCUUCUUGAAGAUUCAAUGAAGAAGGCUCAAAUUAACGAUGCAAAAUUCCAUGAGAUUUCUGUUAUUUAUCAUAACUCUAAGAAAAUGAUUUUGGUGGUGGACAGACGACACAUAAAAAGUGUAGACAAUGAAAGGACAGCAAUGCCAUUCACUGAUAUCUAUAUAGGUGGAGCCCCUACAGAGAUCUUACAGUCCAGCCAUGUUAGCUCACAUCUGUCAGUAAAUACUGGUUUUAAAGGCUGCAUGAAAGGUUUCCAGUUUCAAAAGAAAGAUUUCAACUUGUUAGAGGAGUCUGGAACCCUGGGAAUCAGCUACGGCUGCCCAGAAGAAUCACUGCUGUCUCGCAAAGCAUAUUUCAAUGGAGAGAGCUUCAUUGCAUCCAGCCAAAAAGGAUCUCCCUUUGAUGAUUUUGAAGGAGGAUUCAAUUUCCGAACCUUGCAGCCUAAUGGGUUGCUAUUCUAUUAUACUGAAGGAUCAGAUGCAUUUUCCAUCUCCAUGGAUAAAGGUGCUGUAGUUUUAAAUACAACGGGAAUCAAAGUUCAGUCAAAAGAUAGCAAUUACAAUGAUGGUAAAACUCAUUUUAUCAUUACUUCUGCCUCACCGGAAAGAUACGAGCUGAUUGUAGAUGACAAAAAUUACAGCAAAAAGAAUCCAACUAAGGACAAAUCAGGGCCAAAGCCUGAAAGUGCUAAGAAAUUCUAUUUUGGUGGCUCUCCCCUCAGUACUCAAUAUGCCAAUUUCACCGGAUGCAUAAGCAAUGCCUACUUCACUAGGUUGGAUCGAGAAGUUGAAGUUGAAGAUUUCCAGCGGUACCCAGAGAAAGUUCAGGCUUCCUUUUAUGGAUGUCCUGUUGAAUCCCCUCCCGUUGCUCUUCUCCAUAAGAAGGGAAAGAAUUCGUCAAAAGCCAAAGGAAGUCGUAAUAAAAAGGUGGGAAGAGACAAAGACAGAAUCUCACAGCUUUUAACUGACUUCAAAAAAUUAGACCAAGAAAUCAGUGCACAAAGAGACCCUCACUGCCACUUGUCCAAGAAUCCUAAGGCAAUUGACCAUGCCUAUCAAUUUGGAGGAAUAGCGAAUAGUCGGCAGGAGUUUGACUACAUACCAAAGGAUUUCAAUGAUGGAUCUCAGUUCUCCAUUAGUCUGAAAACUCACUCAUCCCAUGGAAUGAUCUUUUAUGUCUCUGAUCAAGAAGAGAACAACUUCAUGACCCUUUUUGUUGCCCAUGGACGGCUCAUUUUUAUGUUUAAUGUUGGUCACCAGAAGAUAAGGAUUAAAAGUCAAGAAAAGUACAAUGAUGGGCUUUGGCACAAUGUGAUAUUUAUUCGGGGGAAAAAUAUUGGUCGUUUGAUAAUUGAUGGCCUUCGAGUAUUGGAAGAAAAUGUUUCUACUGAUAAAACCUGGCAAGUCAGUGAGCCACUCUACAUAGGGGGUGUGGCUCCAGGAAAAGCUGUGAAAAAUAUCCAGAUUAACUCCGUCUACAGUUUUAGCGGUUGUCUCAGCAAUUUACAACUCAACGGCAAAUCAGUCAUUUCUCCUUCGCAGACAUUCAGUGUAACACCUUGCUUUGAAGGCCCAUCAGAAACAGGAACAUACUUUUCAUCAGCAGGAGGAUAUGUAGUUCUUGAUGAAUCCUUCAGUUUAGGUCUGAAAUUUGAAGUUGUUUUUGAAGCACGUCCUAGAAGCAGCUCGGGAAUCCUGAUGCAUGGACACAGUGUGAAUGGCGAGUACCUAAACAUGCACAUGGAAAAUGGACAGGUAAUAGUGAAACUGAAUAAUGGAGUCAGAGACUUUUCAACUUCAGUUACACCAAAACAGAGUCUCUGUGAUGGCAAGUGGCACAGAAUGGCAGUGAUAAGAGACUCUAACGUAGUGCAGUUAGAUGUGGACUCUGAAGUAAACCAUGUUGUGGGGCCACUAAAUCCCAGAGCAAUUGACCACAGGGAACCUGUGUUUAUUGGAGGUGUGCCAGAAUCACUUCUAACAUCCAGCCUGACCACACGAAAUUCCUUUACUGGCUGCAUUCGUAACCUGGUGAUUGAUGAAAAACCAGUGAGUUUUAGUAAAGCAGCUUUGGUCAGUGGUGCAGUGAGCAUCAACACAUGUCCAGCAGCCUGAUACCGCACGUCAGCAGAACUGCAAAGGUCUUUACAGCACUGAAGGAUAAACAAGGCAAAAGGAUCUGUGUUCUAUUCCUCUGCAAUGCUGAGAAAUAAUAAAACUAUAUCAUUCAGAAUCUGUAUAUUUAGGGUCACUCACUUCAAGCACAUAUGUGUACAAACAAAAAACCUCUGAAGAAUAAAGAGAUUUUUUGUCUGCAGUGCUUUUGCUAUAUAACACAAGAGUUUACAGUUACUACAGUUUCUGUGUUGCAAACCCUACUGCCCUUCUACAUAAUAAUGCUGAUGGAUUACAGGAUAAAUUAAAGUGAUUUCAAUAUGUUGCUUUCCAAAGACCCUAUAAAUAUUUUCAUUCCAUGCCAUACAAAUGCCCUAAGCAACUUCUUGUUUAUUUUGAAAAAAUGCUAAUAUACAUGAAAGAAUAAAAGUAGAUAAUAGACUUUCUCUGCAAAUAAUCGUGUUUAAAGAUUAUUUUACCUCACAUUCAGCUUAUUUAUACUGCAUAGUAAAUAGAUCAUUUAUUUAAACUAGCUAGAGAUUAGAACACCAACUGCUAAUACAGGGAGCUCUGAGUAUAUAUGUGUGUGUGAGACACAAAAUUUCAACAUUUUAUAAAUCAUUUUCCUUUAAAACUGUAUAGCUACAAAGCACAUGUAUAAAUAACCCCAAAUGUCAAAGAUGCAGGACAUGAUUUCUGAUCUAAUUUGUACCGGUAAAACAUAAGUAAUUCCACUGACUUCAAUAUGGCUUGCCAUGAUUUAUGCUAGCAUAUACAAGAGGAAAUUAACACCUACAGUACCUGGAGAAACUAUAUCGCAGAAUACAAUCAUCAUUCCUUCCUUUACCCCCUCCCCUGCUUAGCAGUUGCUACGGUAUUGUGGUACAGCACCUCUUAUUCUGAUACAGUACUCAGUCACAAACCAAGUGUACAAAACUCAGAAGCAAGCAUGAAAAGCACUUAGGCCAGCUACAAGGUCUAGUGAUAGCUAACAUCUUAUGGAUCCCAAUAUGUAUUCUGUCAAGUGUCUUCAGAUCCUGAAUUCUGCUCAGAUCCCCUAGAAAACCUGACCCUCGCCAGAUGUGCUACAAACUGUGUCAAAAUAUUCCCAAUCCAUCUGAUUUCUAGCCUUCCAUGCAGGAGGUAAAAGAACGGUAGACUCAUAGCUUAGUCAACUGGCCAUAGGGGUUCCUGAAAUUCCUUCCCAAGUUGUUGGUACACUAUACAUAGAAAAGGAAAAAUGCAGUCCUAUUGGUACCUAAAAUGCAUCCCCGAAUCAAAAGGCAUGCUUAAAUGAGAACUCAUUAAUAUUUUAAUUCUCAAUUGACCCCAUCUUAGUUUGAUCUAGUUUAGGUUUCAAUAGACCCCCUCAGUGGGUAAUUCAUUGGAGUGGGGUUUGACUCUCCUCCCCCUCUUAAGAAGAAAAUUUCCAUAAGGUUCCCUCCUCAGACUUGUAUCCUGCCAAAGGUACACGCUUACCUCCCCAGUGUUUUGAGGGAGGCUAGUGCCACUAGGAAGUUUCCUGUACCCUAACAUUGACUCUUAUCUUAAGAAGGAUCCUUGGUCAUAGCCAUUCAGAGUCAGGGGAUUCCAAGGAAAAAUACCAUAGCCCAGGGCUUUAUUAUCUGUGUCCGCAUCCUACAAGCUCCUGGUGCUUGUCGCUGACAAUCCCUGAAUCUUAAGCACCAAGUUCUGAAGUACACAGAGGGUUACAUAUGCAGAGGAGCCCUUACUAAGUCCGUGUCUUCAACUGCCUGGAAUAUGGAAGACAAUACACCCAUUGUCUUUAAGACAGAACACUCUUCCUGUACCAUCUUCACUAUUUCACAGGCUACUCCAAAAUAGACUACAUUAUGCUUUUAUCAUUCAUUCCUAGAGAUCCUUGCAUACUCCUGGAUCAACCCUCUGGUCAAUACGGCUAACUUGGCCAGAUUCUCUAGAAAUGGUGAGAAUAUUAAAGGAAUGCUUGGACAUGUUUUUGCUGGACACUUCAAAUAUAUGCAAAUAGAUAAAACAUCCUUGCACAGAAUACUGGAAGGAUCACAAGCCAGGUAAAUGUGCUCAUCUGUGUUGGGCAUUUUAUAGCUAUACAAACACCAUUUAAGCCAGGAAGCAGCUCCCUUCCUCCUCACACAUCGAGCAGGUGGACAACAUUCCAAAGACGACAAAAAAGGCUGAAGAGUUCAGGCUGUAAUAGUAAUUCUUUGGAAAAUAAUGGCGUUGUAAGGUGAACUAAGCCCUUAAAGCAAAGCGAAACACAGCUUUAGUAUGAAUCCCAGGAUAUGGUUCCCACAGCAGUGUGAGGUGUAAGUAGGUAAGUGGCUGUUGCCACUCUUUAGUUACAAACUAUACCUUACUGUUGUGACCUAAUAUAUUAGUAGGAUUUAGAAGACUAAGAUAUGAUGGUUUGUGCCAGUAUACUACUCCGUCAAUUACUGAAUAACUCACUCCUGGAAUCCAUUUCUUUUCAGAUGCUGGAUAUACUAUAAUACAAUAUUAUUACCAGUUGAAAAGUCAUUGAGAAAAUAAUUAGGAGUGAAACAUAAGCUAGAGUUAGACUGCUGAUUAUAUAAUUAAUUGCCAAGAGUCACUGAAGUGUAAUAAAGACAUUUAUAUAAUUAUAGUAUAAGUAGAUUUUACAUUGAUAUAAUUACAUAUUCACAGACAUGUUAAAGACAUCUUUUUUUCUUUGAAUUUGUAACAAAACAAUGAAAAGUCAGUGCUUUUUCUGGAUUAUGUCUUUUGCCCAACUAAGCUUUCUAUCUACUUCACUGUACAUGUGCACAGGGGAGAGUGAAGUUUAUAUAUCAGUCCCCUGCCCGAAGGGUGCUUGCUAAAAACUUGACAGCAAUGUAUAGCAUACAAAGGGUCUAUUACAUUUCUGACUCAGAAUGCUUCCAACUUCAGGGCAAAAGAUGGCUUUAAAUCAUUUGUUUUUUUGUCCAAACCGAAUAGAAAAAUAAGAUAUACAGAGUUAAAAUGGACUUUUUAUUGAGUUAAUUCUGCACCAGAUGAGUUUGAUACCCCUGGCACACAAUAUACUCUACUUGCUAGAGUGAAGCAAUAUAUAUAAAUAAAAUUGUAUCUUUUUAACUUAGUUUUUUUUUUUUUAAAUCAGGCCUUUCUUAUUGUAUAGGCUUUUGUAUAUGUUCACUCCUACUGUUUCUGAGAUGCAGUUUCACCCUUCUGCCCAGUUUUUAAGACCUGGGUAGACAAAGUCAGCUGAGAUGACAUAGCUGGGGAUGGUCUUGCUUUGGACACAGGGGCCUGGAUGACCUCCUGAGGUCCACUCCAACCCUAAUUUUCUAUGAUUCUAUGAUCCUUUGUCACAGGACGCUAGUUUGCUCUAUGGUGUUAGGAGGCAGCAAAAUGAUGUUAGGAGGCAGCGUUGUCAUAAUGUGAAGCAGUAUCAUCCAACUUGUGAUAUCAUUAUGUUGUGAUGCAACAGCAUGUCUACAUUCCUAAAAUGCCUCUCAAUUCACCCCCCAUUCUACAAAAAGAUACUAUCCCCUGGCUUCUACUACCUGCAAUUAUUUGCCUGAGAAACAAAAGCAUUAAACUGUGGCUAUAGGGGGCAGAAAUCAUUUAUACUUUUAAAAUAAAGUUUA